AUGAAUGCAUUUAACCGUAAUGGUGAUGGAGAAUACACGGAAACGAAGCGAAUCGUCACUGGUGGAAUUCCUCCACGUCAACCCGAAAUCCAGUCAGUUGCCCUACUUGGUGACGAAGCGCCCUUGAGGGCUCAUGUGGAGUGGAAAAGACCUCAACUGGCUCCGCUUGAGAGUCCCAUAGAUAGAUACAAUCUCUGGUAUAAGGCAGAAGGGUCUUCGCAGUACAUGAAAAAAGUGGUAAAUGGCACGGUUACUAACGCAGAAUUGACCGGAUUG